AUGGGUCGCUUGUUUCGGCUACGAACAAUAGUAUUCAGCAACAAUUCGUUUGGCGGUGGAAUACCUAACAACCUUUCUCGCUGCUCAAAACUUGAAUGGCUGAAUUUGGUCGACAACAACCUAACUGGAAACAUCCCAGCUGAGUUGGGCACUUUGUCAAGGCUUAGAACUUCAAUUCUGGGGGAAAUUGCUAGACUUCGGCGCCUGAAAUUUGUCCUGUUAUCGAUAAAUAACCUAUCUGGCAAGGUUCCUUCUGGCCUUUACAAUAUCUCCACCAUCAUUUCGUUAUCAGUAGCUGUUAACCAACUUGAAGGAAAUAUUCUUCCUGAUAUAGGCUCCACACUUCCUAAUCUCAAGGAUCUUUAUAUUGUCGGCAAUUUGUUUACUGGUACACUUCCUACGUCACUGUCAAAUGCUUCCGAGCUUGAAUCAAUAGACUUCUCUGAGAAUAAUUUCAGCGGGACAAUGCCAAGAGAUCUUGGAAAACUUCUGGGUCUUAGAUAUUUAGAAGUUAUUCAAGUGGGUGACAAUCUUUUUAGAGGUUCAUUGCCUGACUCCAUAGCUAAUCUCUCCACAUAUCUUAGCGUGAUAAUUUUUCCAAUUAAUCAAAUACAUGGAAUCAUUCCAUCUGGCAUCGGGAACCUCCUCAACCUCACUGACUUAUCUAUGGCAACGAAUAAUCUUGCUGGCCCUAUUCCAUCCUCCAUUGGCAGACUUCAUAAGCUGCAAUCUCUGUUGUUAGACCAAAACAAAUUUACAGAACUUCCAUCUUCGCUUGGUAAUUUGACUUCAUUGAUUACUCUCAACUUGGGAGAAAACAACAUCCACGGAAGUAUACCUCCGAGUUUGGGCAAUUGUCAUAGCUUGUUGGAAUUAGUCCUUUAUAAAAAUAAUUUCAAUGGUUCAUUACCCACUGAAAUUAUGAGUCUCUCCUCCAUUUCAACAUUCCUCUUGUUAGAUCACAAUGCACUAUCCGGUUCUCUUCCAUCACAAGUUGGGUUACAUGGAGAAGUUCCAAUACAAGGAGUGUUUCAAAAUGGGAGUGCAAUUUCAGUUGUUGGAAAUAAUGAUCUAUGUGGAGGUAUUGCAAAAUUAGGCCUUCCUCUUGUCUAUCCUCUAAAUCAAGCAACAACAAGCUAUUAG